GCAGGCAAUCUUCACCCCAGGGCCUGUAUACCUCUUAUCUCCCCUCUCAUGUCUCGGGACCUGUCUGUCUCCUCUCCCCCAGUCAGCCCACCAUUCUCACCAGCAGCACUUGGCAGUUGAAAAUGGUGCCAUGUUUUAAUCCCACCCCAUAAUCAACUCUUUUUCCUUAAUUAUUCCUCUUUAAUUAAUUAACUCUCUCUCUCUUGCUACCAAACCUUGCAUCUUUCUGCUUCAGUUUCCAAAUCUUUGGCCAGAAAAAUGCCGGGCUUAGUAUCCGUCAAAACGCCACCAGAUGCUCCCCCAAUUCGCAUCACGGUGCCGGAGGAGCCGCCCCGUACUCCAGUCCCACCAGAAGCAACGAGAUCCGAGCCAAGAACCAACUCCCCUGCUACUCGCCGACCUCCUUCCCCUUCCCCCUCUACUUCACGCGCUAAACCCUCGCCGGAUCGGGGCUCUGCCAAGAAGAAAUCUCCGCCGGAGAAAAGCCUGAUUAACGAAUCCUCGCUCGACAACCCGGAUCUUGGCCCCUUUUUGUUGAAAUUGGCCAGGGACACGAUUGCGUCGGGGGAAGGCCCGAGUAAGGCCCUGGACUACGCGUUGCGGGCCUCCAAGAAUUUCGAGAAUUGCGCCGUCGAAGGGGAGCCGAGCUUGGAUUUAGCGAUGAGUUUGCACGUUGUGGCGGCGAUUUAUUGCAGCCUGGGGAAGUUUGAGGAGGCGGUGCCGGUUUUGGAGAGGGCGAUUCGUGUGCCUGAGGUGUCGAGGGGCGCGGAUCACGCGCUCGCUGUGUUUUCGGGGUAUAUGCAGUUGGGUGAUACGCAUUCGAUGCUGGGACAGUUGGAUCGGUCGAUUGAGUGUUAUAAGGAAGGGUUAAAGAUACAGAUGGAGGCGUUGGGGGAUAAUGAUCCCAGAGUUGCAGAGACCUGCAGAUAUUUGGCUGAGGCCCAUGUACAAGCCAUGCAAUUUGAUGAAGCUGAGAAUUUGUGUAAGAAAACUCUUGAAAUCCACCGUGUGCACAGUCCACCAGCAUCUCUUGAGGAAGCUGCUGACCGUCGAUUGAUGGCCCUCAUAUGUGAGGCUAAAGGAGAUUAUGAAUCAGCCUUGGAACACCUUGUACUUGCCAGCAUGGCCAUGAUUGCCAAUGGACAAGAAAAUGAGGUUGCUGCUAUUGAUGUUAGCAUCGGCAAUAUCUACUCGUCACUUACCCGUUUUGAUGAGGCAGUAUUCUCCUACCAGAAGGCACUCACUGUCUUCAAAUCUUCUAAAGGUGACAACCACCCUUCUGUCGCCUCAGUCUUUGUACGGCUUGCGGAUCUAUACUACAAGACAGGAAAACUUAGAGAGUCACGAUCAUAUUGUGAAAAUGCCCUGAGAAUAUAUGCGAAACCUGUGCCUGGAACCACUGCAGAAGAGAUUGCUAGUGGGAUGGCUGAAAUUUCAGCCAUUUAUGAAUUGUUCAAUGAGCCUGAGGAAGCUUUAAAACUCCUGCAAAAGGCUAUGAAACUACUGGAGGAUAAGCCAGGGCAGCAAAGUACUAUUGCUGGAAUUGAAGCACGGAUGGGUGUGAUGUUAUACAUGGUGGGAAGAUAUGAAGAAUCACGGAGCUCUUUUGAGAGUGCUGUCUCAAAACUUAGAGCCAGUGGGGAGAGGAAAUCAGCGUUCUUUGGGGUUGUUUUGAACCAAAUGGGGUUGGCUUGUGUACAGUUGUUCAAGAUUGAUGAGGCUGCAGAGUUGUUUGAGGAAGCUAGAGAAAUACUGGAACAGGAGUGUGGACCAUGCCAUCAGGAUACACUCGGUGUAUAUAGCAAUCUUGCAGCAACUUAUGAUGCUAUGGGAAGAAUUGAAGAUGCAAUUGAGAUUCUGGAGUAUGUCCUUAAACUGCGAGAAGAGAAACUUGGAACAGCAAAUCCUGAUUUCGAUGACGAGAAGAAGAGGCUGGCUGAGCUCUUGAAAGAAGCUGGCAGGUCUCGAAACAAGAAGGCCAAGUCGCUUGAAAACCUCAUCGACCCUAAUUCAAAGAGGACCAAGAAAGAAACAUCCAAGAAGUGGUCCGCUUUUGGGUUUAGAAGUUGAUUAUGGAUUAUUUUCGGGCAAGGUCCUGUAAUUUCUUAUACACGGAUAUUUUAUAACGUAGAAGAUUGUGAAUGGUGUUAAGCUGUAAUUUGUUGAGGCUUCUUGUUCCGCAGGCGUUUGAAUUGUCUUUGUGUAUUGGUUUUUCCUUUUAUCGUUUUGGUUUAUUGUUUAAUUUGUUGUCACCAUUUGUGAUGUUGAAGAUGAUGUGGGAAAGAAAAGUCUCUUUUAUUAUUAUCUUAAA